UUGAAAGCAAUUAAAAGCCAAUGCAGUAAAAAGGAAGUAAUCUUCAUUUUGUUUCCCGUCUUGAAAGCAUUAAAAAAGUACGGCAAAAAUGCUCUCUUCUUUUGCAACAGCAAUGGAUUCAACUUCGGCUAUUUCAAAUCCCUCUUCAACACAAGCCCCUGUUGCCGAUUGCUUCCAAUAUGACGACCAGGAAAGAAGUUGUCAGUUCUCCAGCUCGUUUUCCAUCCGUUCUAUCUUGUCCUCUUCACCUACCUCUCCGUCAGUGCAAUCGCUUCCUUCUUCCAUUUCAUAUCGUCAGUUGCUGCUCGCGGGAGAUCCUGGCCCCUUUGAUUAUUCAGCCCAAUUUCCUCAUUAUCAUUGCUGUCAUCACGGAGCAUGUGUUGUCAAUUGGCAAUCGGAUAGAGAACCAAACAUCAAACGAGGUGAUGACAAGAAAGAUAAGCGAAAACCCAAUAAGAGAUCACGAACGAUUUUCACGCCUGCGCAGCUGGAGCGACUGGAGAAGGCUUUCUCUAGGCAGCAGUACGUGGCAGGAGAAGAACGCCGUAAUCUGGCCACUGCGCUUCAGCUGACAGAAACUCACGUUAAAGUUUGGUUCCAAAACAGGAGAAUCCGGUUUAGGAGACUGGCUAACCAACACUCAGACGUAACAGUAACUACAAAGGACUAACGACUACAAUGCUUUACGGAUCCUAUCUUUAAUUAGUAGUGGAGGUAGUUUACCGGUCAAACUACUUGUAUUUUUUUUUUUAAUUUAGAUUUAAAUGUUGUUCCUGUUUAUUCUCGUGAGUGGCUCAUUUUCUUAAAAAAUGGUUCAAUCGAGUUAGAGGUCGUAGGACAAAAACACCGUAUGAGAUCUUGUUGGGAUUCAGACUGAGAACGUAUUUGAUUUCUAUCAUCUGAUUCAAGAACGGCGAGAGCCCAAAAGUUUAUCUGGGAGAAUCUGGUGAGUCCUAAACUGACAUCUCGCUCGAAAUUAACACCUUUUCAAGUAGCUUUAUUGCUUUAGAUUAUCCGUUUUAUUCGACAAAGGGGGUAAUCCUACUUAACCUAAUAUUUACCAUCUCUAGCUCGUCGAGUCCAGAAAGCCCUAAAAUUUGUAAAUAAUGUUUGUAGCCUGUUAGUAAUCAUUGUGAGUGACGCAAGGAAUAGGACACAAGCAUUAGAUACAUUAUUUAAAAUUAAAGAAUAACCUUCAGCAAAGCUCAUUUUCUGACAUCUUUUGGUUAUUCCGGCCUUUAGCUAUGGAAGGUGUUUGUGACACGUUCAAACAUCUCUCUUGUCCUUCCCAACAAGCGAAAAGAGGAUGAAUUCUUCUGAAAGCUUGGCGAAAACUGUUCAUCCUCCAUGCAUACAAAAACUAGUUACACGAGGAGUUAAUAAC